ACUUUUUCUCUGUGUGCGCGGCCGUGUGUGUGUGUGUUGAAUAAGCUGGAAACUCAUCUCUGACCCAUUCCAUCAAGGAACGCCUUCCAGCUAGGCGCUAGAAAGCGAAAGGGAAGAAGAAAGAAGAAGAAGAUGCCUCUCACUCUCGGCGGCGGUGAACGGCGGCAGUGAUACUGCAAGCGUAUAGGGCUUCUUCUUCUGAAUCUUCUUCUUCAUAGUAAAAUCAAAACUCCCUUCUCUCCCUCACUGACGUGUAUAAAAGCCCGUCACGCCGAUGUGAAACGGCAUCACAUUCAGUUGGUCGUAUAUCGAACAACAACAUCUCAGCGCUCUCCUCAUCUCAAAAGGUGUGCGCCUGUAGAGUACGAGCAGCCCAGCAACUAUCGCAAGACAUUUUUUGAAAAAAACAAACAGUGCCAACACUUUUUUAGCAACUCAUUUUUCACCAUGCUGAGGAAUACUUUGUUACUGUGCAUCGUUGGUUUGUUGGCCAGCAGCGCCGCCCAGGAAUUCGGCGCUCGCAUUGGCAAACGCGUCGGCCGCAUCGGCCAGACCAACGGAUACUUUUACCCGGUACCUCAGCCGCCAUUCAAUUUGCCUGGGCAGGAGGUUAUCACCACCUCUCGUCCGGCGCCCACUACCGCUCGCCCAGUCCCUACCACUGCUCGCCCGGCACCUACCACUGCUCGCCCGGCACCUACUACCGCUCGCCCGGUAACCUUCCCAACGUUCCCAACUUUCCCAGCGGUCAGCCAAUGCCAAGUCGAUCCCAACUGUGUUGGUGCCAACUGCCGUCCAGUUGGCCCAGGCUGCGGUCCAGCACCCACCGUCCCCAUUAGGACCACUCCUCGCCCGGCUGCUACAACUGCGUACACCACUGCUCGCCCAGCCCCAACCACCACUCGCCCAGCUCCUACUACAACCCGCCCAGCUCCUACCACCACCCGUCCAGCCAUUACCACUCGCCCAGCUACCACUGUUGCCUACACUACUGCUCGUCCAGCUGUGGGCUGCCAAGUGGAUCCCUUCUGUGUAGGUCCCAACUGUGCCCCCGUUGGUCCCAACUGCCCAAGGCCGACUACCGCUGCUCCAGUUAGGACAACUACUCGCCCAGCGCCGACAACCGCUCGCCCAGCUCCCACUACCACUCGUCCGGCUACUACUGCUCGCCCGGCUACCACGACGCUAUCUUUGGAUUACCUUCCACCCGUCGAUGUUGCCACCACACGCCGGCCAGCCACUCUCGGCCCUUGCCAAGUUGAUCCUAACUGCGUCGGUGCCAAUUGUCGUCCAGUUGGCCCAGGCUGCGGACCAGCACCCACCGUCCCCAUCAGAACCACUCCCCGUCCGGCUGCUACCACCGCAUACACCACUCCUCGCCCAGCCCCUACCACCACUCGUCCAGCUCCUACUACCACUCGUCCAGCUCCUACCACCACUCGUCCAGCACCGACUACCACCCGCCCAGCCACCACUGUUGCCUACACUACUGCUCGUCCAGCUGUGGGCUGCCAAGUGGAUCCCUUCUGUGUAGGUCCCAACUGUGCCCCCGUUGGUCCCAACUGCCCCAAACCAACCACCGCAGCUCCGAUUAGGACAACUACUCGCCCAGCUCCUACCACCGCUCGCCCAGCUCCCACCACCGCUCGUCCAGCUCCCACGACUGCUCGCCCCGUCACGGUGCCCGUGAGGACCACUACCGCCAAGGCGACCACACCUGCUUUGGAUUAUCUCCCACCUGCCGUCACCACCAGAGCCCCGGGCAGACCAACCACCACCGAAGGUUACGAUUACCCGGCUCCGGAGAACCCGCUCGAUUUUGGUCCCAGCAGCAACCAAGGAACGGGUCUCAAGUUCCCCACCACUGCUAAACCUGUUGUGACCACGCCCAGACCGGCUCAACCCACCACCAAACCCGCCACCAGACCCACGGCCGCCCCCACCACCCGAAGACCCGGCGUCCAGCCGGUUCUGACCGCCUCCGAAGAAGAGAUCCUCUUCUGGGAUUUCCGUGAAUCCAUUGCAGGAGAACCGGAAUUGGACUACCCCAUCUUCGACAAGAUCCCCACCACGGCCUUCACCUGCCAAGGCAAAAUCAAUGGAUACUACGCCGAUGAGGAAGCCCGUUGCCAGGUGUUCCACGUCUGCUCCGUCGGAGCCGAUGACAGCGUCCUCCAGAACUCUUUCCUGUGCCCCAACGGAACCAUCUUCAGCCAGGAAAGCUUCGCCUGUCUCUGGUGGCACGACGUUGAGUGCGCUUCCAGCGGCCAGUUCACUGGCCUGAAUGCCAACAUUGGCGUCGUUCCGCCGUCGGCCGGCGGCCAGCAGGCUUCCUCCGGCGCCGCAUCUUCCGGCUCUGGCAUCCAGAUUUCGGCCAGCGCCGGAGCCUCGUCCUCCUCGUCGGGCGGCCGAGGUGUUUCGGCUUCCGCCUCCGCCAGCUCUUCCACGUUCGCUGCUGGCAACAAACAAGCUCACGCUCAAGCUGGCUCCUCCCAUUCCAACAAUGCCUACUAAAAAAGAAACACACACACACAAAAAAACAAAAUUGAACCAAACAGGAAAAAUGAAACGAGUGAGAGAGAGAGAUAGAGAGAAAACGCCGAAGAGUUGGAUAAAAAGCGGGAAACAAAAGGCGGUUUUUGUAUAUUUGAAAAAAGAAAAAUCCUACCGUUUUGGCCCACACCAUCCAGCCCAUACCAACCAAUGCUUCGUUUGUGAACCCCGACGUCGAUUCGAUCAUCAUUUUGAUCCGCUGUAAAAUCUCGCAAUAUUUCUAGAUAAAAACUACUGGCGUUUUUUUUUGUUUUGUUUUUGAUUACAUAAUUUCUUCCUUUUGUUUUUUUGCAAAAAAAAAAAAAAAAAAUGUGUCGGUUUGUUCCAAAUAAGUUGCAUUUUGUACUAUAUCCAUCGGUUCUCUCAACUAGUUCCGAUCGGAACUUUAUACUGGCCGCCAUUACACAACCUAUCUGAAAAUUCACUUUUUCGAAAGCUAAUGCUAUUAUUAUUAAAUUACUUCUUUUUUUAAUGAUUGAGGUGUAUACGUGAGAAGUAUACAUAUUUCCUUUUUUAACGAUUUCAUGUCUAUAGCCGGAAAAAAAAACUAGUUAUUAACGGUGUUUGCACAUAUAAAUACAUAUACUUCGUUUCCUUUUUCAA